AUGGCAGCUGGUGGCGGUGAUUGCAACAGUGCGCUGUAUCACGGGCUCCGCGUGUACCCCCUUCGAGACGUUCUCUCACGCGUGCCGCUGCCAGCCCGCUGUCCAUUGGAAGGAGUCUCGGGAAAGUGGCGCUGCGUUAUUGUUCCCAAGAUCCACGAGACGUCACACCGCGAACGAAAGGAAGAGGAAAUACUGAGUUUCCUCAAUCGUGGGAUUCCGUGUCGCCUUGGUCGGUGGCGCAGCGCCUCUGUGUACGAGACCACUGGUAAUGAUGGUAUGGGUUUUGUGACGGACGCGCGGUGGAACAGUUUCCCGAAGCCCAAGAUUGCGUUCAAGGCGGGCUGGGCUGGGCCGGGCACGAAUAUGGAGUCCGCUGCGUAUCACCAGCUCAUCUCCUCCUUCCAUGAGGUCUUUCAUCACGAUGCAGACACACCGAAGACGGAGGGGAACGCUGAUGUGCAGACAGCGUCACCCGUCGAUGAGGAGGCGAUCGAUGACGUGGCCGCACCGAACAUUUUGAACCUGCAGAUGUUUCACCGGCAAGAGCCGUUUGUCUGCCCGCCGAUCCCAGUGCUGGGGGAGAAAUUAGUGUGGCCUUCCUUCCUGGAGGACGGCGCUAUUUGUGACAAUGCGACCCGGCUGUCGCAGUGUGGGGCCGUGACUUGGUGGCACCUUGACGACUCUGGUGAAUUUGUCGAACAAACAGGAUUGCCACUUGCGCCGUCGGCAAAUGUGGCGAUGCCGCCAGCACUCGAGUCCCUACCAGGGGAGCAGCGUGCGUACUACGCGACUAUUGACCAUGAGCUGUACUGCACCGACGAAUCACCAGAGAGUGUACCUGUCAAACUAUUUCUGUACGGCCCAAAGGAGAGCUAUGACUGGUUUAUGCACGAUGACGAAACCGCUGCAUCGGGGAAGGUGGCGGCGCUGGAUAUAUUUGCCACGCCCGACGAGGCACUUCCGAAUGACGCGACGCUGCUGCCAAUCAUCCACGUGGCGGUCUUGGAGAGUGGCGGACGCCCGCUCAUUUCGCCUCCAAACAUUCCACACGCGGUGAUCAGCUUGAAUGACUGCAUCAUGGUGGAGCAGCGCCGGGUGGCAAACCUAUUCCUCGACGAGAUCUCCUACUUCUUGCAAAAGUGUGCCUACUGGAGUGGAAAUCCAAUUGUCUAUGAUUACAUUGAAAAGGAUCUGCAAGAUGAAUCUUACGUAGCUGGGCAGCUCAUCCCUGAGCUGAUGACUUUGUUCUCUGAGCACAGUGGACUCAACCCGUACGAUGAAACCAUCCGCUGCCGCGUUGUCAUGGCGUUGCACUCUAUCGCAACACACGAGAAGCACUACAAUCUUCCGGCGGAUUCCAGAAAGUCGCUCUCGUCAAUGCUGCAUGGUGGCAACGAUGAAAUGAGCGCAAUACUACAGCGGCCGACAUCAUACGGGCUCCGCAUGGUCUCCCUGGAAGACCGUCUGAAGGGAUACUGGGAUGUGCAGCAGUACUGGCCGAAGCCCGGCUGCGUGAUGAAGGUGCCGCUCGUGACGCCCCCUUAUCUGCUAUCGGCUGCCCUCACGGCUGUUCCCCAGCCGAAUGACUGGUUCCUUCCUGUUGUCUACGCUUCCUCAUCGCCUGUGUUCGGCUCGGAGAAAAACAGUGUGGAGAAGGUCUCUGCCGAGUACUUCGCCAUGACGAAGGUUGCCAAGAAGCCGUGCAAUUUACUUGCCUUCCUCCGAACAUGCAAACAAGAAAAGGAUGAACUGCUAGAAGAUUUGUUCUGA